UUUUCCUAGAAUAUGUAAGCACGCAUGGUAGAAUUUAAAAUUUUAUGAACGUCAUGAUAGCAGUGGGACAUGAUGAUUCAACCAUUUGUAUGUGGAGGGUGAAAGUAACGGUGACACUCCUAAUGUUAACCAAAACAUUGUCACUUCCAUCUCAGAUCAAACGCACAUGCUACAUUAUUAUAUUCUCUUUCCUGAAUUUCCAUACCUGUAGAACUUUUCUUAUCUUGGCGAGGUGGUAGAAAAUGUAAUCCUACUAUGUCAAAACUUAUUGAACUCUUUAGGCACUUCUCUGUGCUUUUCCUUAUUUCUAUGUCUAUAGAUGAGAAAGAGUGAGGAGCAAAGAGUCCAUAUUCCAUAAUAUGUAUUUGUAAAUGCUACUACUGCCAAUAAAGAAGGCAAACACAAUCACUUUAUCAACACAGAAAGCCAAGCUUCUCUUUCUUUUCCAUCAACACAGUUACCAUCUUGAAACUUUUUGUCUCUUUGUCUUUCUCAUGCAUUGAAUUCCUCAAUAACAAUGCACAGAAUGUAGAAAACAGACUAGGUUAUCAGGAAAGGGAAGAUGGAGUUUGAUCUUGAAGACCCACUAGUCAGCUUGGAAGAAGAGCAAACCUUUACUAUAUCAGAACUCUUUGCCUCCGAAUCUGAACACGUGCCUUCACCAAACUGCUUAACUUCAACACAUUUUCGCGUUUUCUGUUGUGAAGCUAUAUCUCUCAUUCUUCAGGUUCAGGUUUCUUGCAAAUUGGACCCAUUUGUAGCUUAUCUUGCUAUAAAUUACUUGCACCGUUUCAUGUCAAGCCAAGAAAUUCCGCAAGGGAAGCCGUGGUUUCUCAGGCUUGUUGUCAUAUCAUGUCUUUCUCUUGCUUCAAAGAUGAAGAACACAACUUUAUCAUUUUUGGUUAUACAAAAAGAAGGUUGCUACUUUAAGGCUCAGAGUAUUCAGAGAAUGGAACUUCUUAUUCUCGGGGCUCUGAAAUGGCGUAUGAGGUCGAUUACACCUUUUUCUUUCCUUCAUUUCUUUAUCUCUUUAGCUGAAAUUAAAGACCAAUCACUAAAGCAAGCACUUAAAAGUAGAGCUUCAGAGAUAAUCUUCAAUGCUCAAAAUGACAUUAAGCUUUUAGAGUAUAAACCUUCAACUGUUGCAGCAACUGCCCUUAUCUUUGCAUCUCAUGAACUAUUCCCACAGCAAUAUUCUAUUCUGAGAGCUUCAAUUACAGCCAGCGAGUACCUAGAUGGGGAGACGUUGUCCAAGUGCUUUGACUUGAUGCAAGACAUGAUGAGAAUGGAAGCAAAGGAGUUAAUGAUAGAUACAAGCUUUUUAAGCACAGAAACUCCAGUGAGUAUGUUGGAGAGAAACACUAAACGACAAAGAAUUUAGUGGUUUAUAUAUGUUGCAGAAGAAAAAUCCAAUUUUCUCAAACUUAAGAAGAAGAAAGCUGAGGGAAAAGGAAAACAAUCAUGUUUGGUCCAUAUGUUCUGUGUCACUGUUUCCACUCAGUCCAAAACAAGAGAGGACGCAAGGCCUUGAUUUGGAAUGAGAGUUGAGAUAUCCAUACACUCCUGAGUGUUGUUCACCAUAAAGAAAUUAUUACUGUAAUCUAGUGCAUAAAAUGAAAAUCAGGAGUUAUUAAAUCAAAUGGAAGUUGUAAGGUGGCAUGGACCAAUGCAAUGAAAUAAAAAGGCUGAUAUAUAUAUAGGGGUUAAUUUG